AUGGCUGCAGCCCAUCAAGGCGUGCCUACACCAGGUGACAACACUACCUCUGAUGAAGGCAGCUCCCUCGAGCCUCUGAGGCAGGGACAACCUGCUGACAUUAGCCAUGAAUCGACGAGUCAGGCGAAGAAGUUGACCCAGUAUAUGGCCACACUUUUCGUCACGCUGGGCGCCAUGGCGGUAGGGACUGUUCUGGCGUGGACGUCACCAACGCUGCCCGAACUUCAGUCCGCGAACAGCACACUGCCCAUCACUCCAGAAGAGGGGUCGUGGAUUAGCUCCCUUGUGGCUGUGGGAGCGAUUGUGGGGGCCGUACCAGCAGGCUACUUCGCCGAACGAUUCGGACGCAAGCUCGUCAUAUUGGCACUGUCCGCACCGUUCCUCUUGAGCUGGGUUCUCAUAGUAGCAGCCAACUCUGUUGUACUCCUGUAUCUUGCCAGAUUCAUCGCCGGCAUCGCAACUGGCGCCGUCUCGGUAGUGGCCCCUAUGUUUAUCGGGGAGAUUGCUGAGAGUUCCAUCAGGGGCGCUCUGGGAUCUUUCUUCCAGGUCAUGCUAACUGUUGGGAUUCUUUACACGUACAUUAUCGGUGCUGUCGCUGGCUACACUUGGCUAGGAACACUUUCUGGAGCUAUCCCUGUGGCGUUAUUCAUAACGUUUUCAAGAGUACCAGAAUCACCAACCUAUCUCAUGAAGAAAUGUAGAACUGAGGAUGCUAAGAAGUCAUUGAAAUUCUACCGAGGUUCAUCUUACAACUUUUGGAAAGAGUUGCAAGAAUUAGAGAAAGACAUAAGCGAAUCUACACAAGAGAAAGCGUCCAUAAAGGAUUUAGUUUCUUCAAGAGGGACAAAGAAGGCACUGGUCAUUUCUUUAGGUCUUAUGGUCUUCCAACAACUUAGUGGUAUAAAUGCUGUGAUAUUUUACUCUGUCGACAUUUUUGAUGCUGCAGGAAGCACCCUGGAUCCAAAAGUUUCUGCAAUUAUUGUUGGGGUAGUUCAAGUAGUGGUGGUAAUAUCCUCGACACUUACUCCUAACGAGGAUUAUUUAACCCCUGGGGCUUUACCCUGGAGUGAGGAUUUUCCUCAGGAUACUUGUUCAAAGGGCAUUGUUGCUUAA